GCUUCAAGCUAGAGUUGACAGUAAGACGGAAACCAUAGUCAGACUAGGGAAGGACCUCGAAGUAGCUCAAGAAGAAAAUCGGCUUGUCAAGGCGAGGUCCUUGACACUGGAGAGAAAUCUGGAAAGAGUGGAACAGGAAGUCCACAAAUAUGCUGCAAAUGAGGUGGAUAUCAAAACCAGCUUCUCGAUUGAGAAGCAGCGACUUACCGAUAUGGUCGACACUCUCACGAAGGAAUUGCACGAAGUACUCAAAGAGAAUGAAGAGCUAAAGGCAGAGAAGUUCGAUCUGCAAAAAGACUGCAAACUGUUUCGGCAACGGAUUGCCAAGUACGAGGUAGCGAAUCUUGAUGGAGACACGCCAGCCGUAGCAGACGAUUGUCUCCAGAGAAGAUCAACAGCGGAAUCAGGGGAGGACGAACUUGGCAAGUAUGAGAAACUCUACAAGGAAUUCAAACAGAUAGAAACGGAUCUACAUACUGUUCUUGGCAUUAAAGAAGAGCUGGUUCUCGAGCGCGACGCUCUAGUGAAGAAGGUGGAAAGGCUCAGUACCGAAAUGGCAUUCCUUCUAAAUGGCGACCCUCGUCGAGUGAGUGUAUACAUCGAUACAAGACAACCUAGAGUCCUUUUUUGA